AUGGCGCAACAACAGGUCGCCGCACCCCCGCGGCAGUUUCAAGUCAACCGCACCUCCUUCACGCGCCACUACGACGUCUUUUCCACCGACGGACAGCAGGCCUUCUACAUCGACAUCUCGUCGUUUACGCCGAGCAAGCCAGACCUGACGGUGCACGAAGGCAAGACGUCGGGCGGCAACGUCGUGGCCGUCGCGCACAUGCCCAAGUUUUCCGGGGACUUCAAGAUUGGACUCGGCGACCGGUCGGGGCGAGCUGGGGACGGCGGAGGUGCAGGCGGAGGGGCAGGCGGGUUGGCGGCGACGCGCUGGGAGGACAUGACCAAGGAGAACCUGCGGCACUCGGAGCACCGGUGGGCGAUGACGCUGGGUGCAGGGAACGACGACGGCGGCGGUGGUGGUGGCGGCGGACGCGGGCAGACGCGGCGCGAGUUUGCAUGGAAGCGCACCCGCAAGGUGGGCGCCGACGGGGCGAGCGUGUCGUCGUUGAGCGGCCGCAACCUGAAGCUGGUUGAGGUGGGUCACGGCGGCGGAAGAGGAGCAGAGGAGGACGAAGGCAAGGUGCUGGCCGUGUUCACGAGCGAGCGCGGCUUCUCGUCGUGUGGCGUGCUGCAGAUCAACGCGCAGCUGGGCCGCGACUUUGAUGUCAUGGUGGUGACGACGUGCGUGGCGCUGUACGAGAAGGCGAGGAGGCGGCGGCACCGCGCGGCGGCGGGCGGAGGGGGAGGCGGUGGAGGGGGAGGUGGUUGA